AUGCUGCAAGAAAAGACUGCGACAGAAAGUGAGGAGAGCUAUGCAGCAGCUCAAGUGGAUGGACACGGGGAGCAUAACCUGCAGUCCCCAGGGCACGGAGCACCAGGGGCGAGCAGCAUGUCUCCAGACAGUCCACAGGGACAGGACCCUGACCAGAGCAUAGAGAACAUCAAGGUUUAUCUCCAUGAAAAGGAACUUUGGAAGAAAUUUCACGAGGCGGGCACAGAAAUGAUCAUCACCAAGGCUGGCAGGCGAAUGUUUCCAAGUUACAAGGUGAAGGUUACAGGAAUGAAUCCGAAAACCAAGUACAUUCUGCUGAUUGACAUUGUUCCUGCAGAUGACCAUCGUUAUAAAUUCUGUGAUAACAAGUGGAUGGUGGCUGGAAAGGCAGAGCCGGCCAUGCCCGGGAGGCUGUACGUGCACCCCGAUUCCCCAGCGACAGGAGCACACUGGAUGCGGCAGCUUGUCUCCUUCCAGAAACUGAAGCUGACCAACAAUCACCUGGACCCAUUUGGACAUAUCAUUUUGAAUUCCAUGCACAAGUACCAACCAAGGCUCCACAUCGUGAAAGCAGAUGAAAAUAAUGCAUUUGGUUCGAAGAACACAGCCUUCUCUACCCAUGUAUUCACAGAGACAACAUUCAUUUCAGUCACGUCGUACCAGAACCACAAGAUUACCCAGCUGAAGAUUGAAAACAAUCCAUUUGCGAAGGGAUUCAGAGGUGGAGAUGACAGUGACUUGCGCGUAUCUCGUUUGCAGAGCAGAGAAUAUCCAGUUAUUUCUAAAAGCAUUGUUAGACAAAGACUUAUUUCAAACCACGGUCAAUUGACACCAAAGAUGGAAAGCAACUUGACUCAUGGGACGCAGGGUCAUCAGCACUACCCUUAUGACAACAAUGGACCAAUACAAAUAACAGCAUCGGGCACUCAGGAUCUGGCAAUCAGCCCAUUUGCACCCCAGAGAGAUUCAGGACUUAUCUAUCACUGUUUUAAACCACGAGAAGCCCACGGCCACCCAGAGUUGCCCUGUAAACGACCCUUUCUCGAAGCGCCCGCUGCCCUUGCUGAUGAACAUUAUUUCCGCCCGCCACCUUAUGACCAGCAGAUGAUGAACCCGCCGUAUCGGAAUGAACAAGAUUUAAGGGAUGCCUGCAUGUUUUCCGGCCCUGUGAACGACGUGCCUGGAGGGAGCACGGUCGAGGAACAUCCUCCUCAAACGCUGAACUGCAACAUGUGGGCGUCUGUUCCAUCCUAUGGAAACUGCAGCGUUCAGACCAUGGACACCGUUCCCUACCAGCAUUUCUCAGCCCACUUCACCACCACGGCUAUGAUGCCUCAUCUCCCCGGUCUCCCCGCACAGAGCUCACAGCCCCCGUGCGAGACACAGUUCGGCGGCUACCACUCGCCGCCGCAGCAGCAGGUUCGACAGAGGGUGCCCAUGUCUUCCUGUUCACCGCGAGACAGAGUGCCCCUCUCCCCGCACGACCGGGUCCCACCAUCUCCUCAUGCUCAGAACUCUCGCGAGUUCCUCUUCUCACAAAGCCUGUCCUUACCGAGGGAGCUCCCCACCCAGUACCAUUCCGGCCUGGGGCCCGUGGCAAACUGGACAGACAGCUGA